AAUAAAAAAACGCCUAGUUAAGGGUGCAAUUCCCAUGGUUUUUGAAAAACCUAAAUACCCAGGGUCGCUAGGAGAAAGGCCACCAGUCAAGAAAAGAAAGUCCACAGCUUACGAAAAACGGGAACGAAACCGGGUAAUCCAAGAAAUUAUGGCUAAUACACUGGAUGAAAGUGUUGAAAAAGAAAACAAAGAUCCUGUUCCUCAGAGUUUAAAUAAAAUGGAAAUGGAAACUCAGACAAUAGAAAUGCACUGUUAUUGUUGUGUACAUCAUCAACUGAAGAAGCAAACGAAGAGCUCUGGUUUUCAAUGGAAUGGAAGCAAAAUGAUUGAUAAUGGUAUGCAAAUAUUGACUAAUGUAGCUGAAGCACAAACACAAACUACUGAAAGUGCAUUAAGAAGUGAAGUUGAUGUGACAGACAUUUCUAUUGAUGAUGAUGGCGAUGAGGAAUUUGAUGAAGAUGACAAAAUAAACGAUCCUGAUUACAUUCCUGAGGAAGAUAGCGACACAGAAGAUGAACUAGAUGAAUUUGAUACAGGAGAGUAA